AUGGCGCAUCGAGAUAGAGCUUCAACGGUAUCUGGUAUCGACUUCCUGAGGACCUUGUCAUGUGAGGAGCUUCUCGGGUCUGGACUUCCAAAAGAACCUCAGCGAAGCUCCGGGACACCUACGGACUUUGAGUUACCUGGAUCCACCAAGGUGCCUGACAUUGCCUACAUAUUCCACACUUCAGGCACUUCAUCAGGUCUUCCAAAGCCCAUCCCUCAAAGCCAACUCGGCGUCGUUGGGGUGCUACCAGUAUUUCCCGGCGAGAACAAGCCUGCCACGUUCUCAACCACACCACUCUAUCACGGAGGCUUGGCAGAUUGUAUGAGAGCCUGGACGAGCGGGGCUAUGAUUUGGUUGUUUCCUGAAGGACAGGCUCCUAUCACAGGAGCCAAUAUCUUGAAGGCCAUCAACUUUGCUCGCAACAAAGACGCCGCUCCCAUCAAGUACUUUUCGUCAGUGCCGUACGUUCUUCAGAUGCUUGCUGAGGAAGCCCAAGGCAUUCAAGUCCUGAAAUCAAUGGAUCUGGCCGGUGUUGGGGGCGCCGCUCUACCUUCCACCGUGGGCGACAAGCUCGUUAAUGCAGGGGUGAAUCUCCUGUCGCGAAUGGGAAGCGCUGAGUGUGGGUUCCUCAUGUCCUCGCAUCGGGAUUACACCAAGGACAAAGAAUGGCAGUUCCUCCGGGCCAUCAAUGACACUCAACUUUUGGAAUUUGAACCUCGAGAAAACGGGCUCUCGGAACUCGUGGUGAAGCCCGGAUGGCCGUUCAAAGUCAAGACGAAUCGAGAGGAUGGCUCCUACGCUACCUCGGAUCUCUUCGAGCCCCACCCCUCCAAGCCAAAUGCAUGGCGGUACCACAGCAGGGCUGAUGCUCAGAUCACACUUGCAACUGGUAAAAAGUUUGAUCCCUCGCCAAUGGAAGGUAGCAUCUUAGCCUCGGCGAAUCUGCUACAAGACGUGCUCGUAUUCGGGAGCGGACGAGACUACACCGGUGCUCUCUUGUUCCCUGAUUCGAAUAAAGUCCCUCAGAAGAAGGUCAUUGACUCUGUUUGGCCGUAUAUCGAGCAGAUGAACAUCGCCAGCCAAAGUCACGCUCGCAUCACCAAGCCUAUGCUGUUGGUCGUGCCCGUUCGCGACGGCGAACAGCCGCUUGAAAAGAGCAGCAAGGGUACAAUCCUCCGACGCCAAGCUGAGGAGAGAUAUGCAAAGGAGAUUGAGCUGGCUUACAAACUCAGCUCUAAUCUAUCAGCCUUCGGUCAGGUCGUAGACGAACAGCUGGCGGAAACAGUUUCGGGAUGUUUUUUGCGAGUUCUGGGUCGGAAGCCUAAUCCUGAUCAAGAUCUCUAUCGUCAAGGUGUCGACUCCAUCGCUUGCAUCCAGAUACGAAAGCUCAUCGAGUCUAAUUGUCUAUCUCCGGGUAUGACCCUACCCAUGAACGUCAUUUACGACCAAAGUACCAUCACUGCACUGGUGGAAUACUUAAGACGUGUUCGGGGUGGGCACAAACUCGAAGAGCGAAACGGAGAAGAAACGCGGCUACAGUCCAUGCAUGAGCUUGCUAAAAAGUAUGGCUCUUUUGGAGAUGUCGAAAUAAAGCCUCGCGUAUGGCAGGGCAAUUCUGUUGUCCUUACAGGAGCCACUGGAUUUCUGGGAGCUCACAUGCUACACCUCCUUCAACAUGAUGCUCGAGUCGACAAAGUCUUUUGCCUUCUCAGAGCUAAAUGUCCACAAUCUGCCCAUGAAAGGGUUUCCAAGGCCCUUAUCGACCGUGGCAUGCCUGGCUUGGAGAACUUCGAAGAAUCGGAGACCAAUGACGACAAGAUCGUUUGCCUACCGUGCAAUCUAUCGAGCGAGGAUCUUGGGUUAUCAGAGGAACGAAGACAGCUCAUCAUGGAUGAAACCGCCAUCAUCAUCCACUCAGCUUGGGCAGUCAACUUCAAUCUCCAGCUCAACUCAUUCGAAGAUCAGAUUGCCGCAACGCAGAACCUCCUCAAGCUAGCAGCUGUAGCUCAGGCACGAUUAAUAUUUGUCAGCUCAAUAGCGGCGGUUAGCAAUUCGGCUUCUACUCCUGUACUGGAGAAGAUCUCUCAAGACCCCUCUGAAGCUUCACCGAUGGGCUACUCUCGUUCAAAGUGGGUUGCUGAACAGGUUUGCGAGUCUGCAAACAAGCAAUUUACGAGUGAGGAAGACAAUCUCGCCACGGUUGUCCGCAUCGGUCAGUUGUGCAGCAAUGAUGCUGGUAUCUGGAACGCAAGCGAAGCGUAUCCUCUCUUGCUGUCAACGGCACGCGUAGCUGGGUGCUUGCCCGACAUCCUACAUGAAACCCUCAAUUGGCUACCCGUAGAACAGGCUGCCCAGUCGAUCAUGGAGAUUGCCUUUCCUGGUCAUGUUACGGAACCGGAAAACAGUAAAUCACUGUCAACCACGGAAACCCGGGUCUAUCAUGUCUUAAACCCACACAGCAGCCCUUCUUGGAGUCAGAUGCUGAAAUGCAUAUCAGGCAAUGAGAGGGAAUCUACCUUUGAGAUUGUAGCUCCUCGACAGUGGAUGAGCCGGUUGGAAGAAGCGUUGAAGGAAAGAGAGGGCAAUCAUCUGUCCCAGGCUCUGCUAGCGCUGUGGAAACAGAACUAUUGCCAAGGUGAGGGCCAUGAGUGCAAGGUCGGAGAACCCCAGCCGGUUCCUGUAUUUGACCUGUCUCACACGCAGCAAGUCUCUGCAGCAAUGCGAGAGGUGAAGCCAUUGGACCGUGAGCAAGUUCUGAAGAUGUGGAAGUGGGUGUGCGAGGCAAUCAAACCCUAG